AAAAAAAGAAAAAAAAAAAAGCUUCUCCUCCUCCUCCGGUUUAUCUUGUCGAAUUCGGGAGCCUUUCUCUCUUAUCUCCUCUCCUCCGGUAGAAAGAACCAUGGCGUCGACCACUGAUUUCACCAAAUCUUUGCUUUCUCCUUUCUCCCAUGGAAAUGCGAGUUUGAAUUCGCAGAGAGGUUGUAGACUAACAUGGCCAAAUCAGCACAAGCCUAGAAUUUGCAGAAGGUCUCUUCGUGUGAAUGGAUUAUUCGGAGGUGGAAAGAAAGAUAAUACUGAGGAUGGACAAUCUAAGUUUUCAAAUUUUUCUUCCAUGACUUCGUCAAAGCGGCGUUCCUUGUCGCUGCCUUUUGAGUUAGUAGAAGAGAUACUUUACAAGGUUCCAGUCGAAUCGUUGGUACGAUUCAAAACGGUAUGCAAACAAUGGUAUGCUCUCUUUAACGACAAGAGAUUCAUCUACAAACACUUGGAUCUCUCUCAGGAACGAUUCGUACGACUUGAUGUUGAUGAUCAAUCGAUUCAAGUCUUUAAUCCUGAGACCAAUGCUCGAUUGCCUCUACCAUUCCCAGACGAGUUACACAUUCAAAAACUCAGUAAAACUAUUCACUGUGACGGAUUUUUGCUAUCCGUGUGUACUGAGAGAGGCAGUCCGCUUAAAAUAAAAGGGCUCGCUGUUUGGAAUCCGAUUUUGAGCGGAGUCACAUGGAUUAAACCAUCGAAUUCUUGCAAACUAUUUGAUAUCUACGGUUUUGGAUACGACAAUGUAUCACGUGUCAACUACAAGAUCUUGAGGAUUUAUACAAGCAAAGUACCAGAGAUUGAGAUAUAUGAGUUUAAGUCUAAACUCUGGAGAAGUGUUGAUGCUACUACUCUCAAAUGCGAUGCACUGUGGGAUUCUUUGUCUAUGAAUGGAAACAUGUACUGGCUUGCUCAAAAGAAGAUGGAUAACUCUGAAAUCGAAUUCUUCAUCCAAAGUUUUGAUUUUUCCACAGAAACAUUCAAGCCCAUAAGUUGUGUUCCAGAGGGAACUAAAUGUCAUCGUGGUUAUCAACGAGGAGUACUCUUGUCAGGUUUAGGAGGAGAUAGGCUUACUUUAUUCCAUCAAGUUAGGCAUCUGAAGAUGGAGGUUUGGGUUACAAGCAAGCUGACGGAUGGGGUCAUCUCGUGGACCAAGUAUUUUAAUAUAAGUCCUGAUCCCUCAAUAUCACAAUCCACUUUCCUUGGCAGAAUUUCACCGAAAUACUUCAUCCACAAGACCAACAAGAUCAUGUUAUUGUGCGAGGAAUCUGAUCGCAAGGAGAAGAAUUUUUACACCAAUGUUUACAAAAUUCGUGAGGGUAGGAUCGAAAAACAAGUUGAGAUGACAGUAAGCUACAGAUUGUGUGAUUACCGUUGCAAUAAUGUGUAUGUUCCAAGUCUAGUUCCGGUUCCUUGUUUGAAGGAACUUGGCAGUAGAAAGCCAAAAAAGGAAGUUUAG